AUGGAGAGAGUUGCCAUGCCGUUCUCCCUGGACUGGAGGACGAAGCGGGUUCUGCAGUGGUGCGGUGUGGAGCAGUUUGGGCAGGAAGGUUGUGACAUGCAGCAGUUCGUGCAGUUGGUUGGGGAAACACAGAGCAGGAUGCAGGGAGAACGGAUGGAAGAGGAGGUGGGGGGGGAGGAAAGGAAGGGGGAGGUUGAAGAGAAUGUUGUAGAGGUUGCUAGUGACAAUGCUGCUGCUGCUGCUGCUGCUGCUGCUGCUGCUGCUGCUGCUGCUGCAGGUAAGGAUGGUGCUGCUGGUGAUGCUGACAACGGUGCUGGCAUUGGUGCUGCUGACGGUUGCUGCAGCAGGGAUUGCCAUCCUCUCUGGUCCCCCCCGGAUGGAUUGACGCAUGGCUCCAUUCGCCAUCCGCACUUCUCCUUCCCGCACCACCAGCACCACCAGCACCAGCACCACCAGCACCAGCACCAGCAGCAGCAGCAGCAGCAGCAGCAGCAGCAUACGCAGCACCAAUUGGAACAGCAGCAGCAGCACCAGCAGCACUGCUAUAACUGCGAAGCUGAACGGCCACGGGUGCCGUCUGACCACGAUCCUUUCCUCUCCCCCUGCCAUGUGUCACCUGCUGAUAGGCUGCGCACGCAUGAUGUCGGUGGUAACCACUCUGGAGCUGUAGCUGGCCUUCGUGAUGUUACAAGCCCCAUCGCAGAUGCUGACAGGGCUGAUGCAGGUGAUGCAGCAGCAGGCUCAGUUAUGCAUGUGAUGAAGGAAGGACGGGAGCCAGUAGGAGUAACAACGAGAUCAGUAUCAGCAGCAGCAGCAGCAGCAGCAGCUGCGCCAGUGGGUAUUGCUGUUGGAUUUGGUAAGGUUGGAUCUAGUGCGGUUGGGUCUGGUGGCGUUGGGUCCGGCAGGGUGGGAGGCAGAUGGACGGACUGUUACUGCCUGGAGUGUGGUGAUGCGUAUGAGAGGCAGGCGCUACAUUUCACCAUGGUGGGAGGGGGUGCCGUGGGAGGGAGUGUGGUUGGAGACGAGACGCCUACAGUUCACACCAGCAGCAACAUCACCACCGUCACUCCUCCCCUGGACGCUGAAUGCAAGCCACCACCAACGUUCAGUGUUGAAGAUUCGCAUUUUAACGCUGGAUGCAAGGAGAAGCCCACGGUACUCCUACUGCAUGGAUUCGGCGCUGCCUCCUCCUUUUGGACCGACACCGCUGUGCCGUUUCUUCCCAGAAGCUUCCUGGAGGGCAGGAGGGUGGUGGCGGUGGACCUGCUGGGGUGGGGCAAGAGCCCCAAGCCGAGGGACUGUGACUAUAGCGUUGAAGAGCAUGUGAGCUGGAUAGAGUGCACGGUGCUCGCCCCACUCAACAUAUCCUCCUUCCAUGUCGUGGGCCACAGCAUGGGCUGCUUGAUAGCUGCCGUUCUGGCUGCUCGCAACCGAGAGAGAGUGGUGUCUGUCUGCCUCUACUCGCCACCGUUCAUCCCUCCCCGGCCAGGCCUCACACCAGCAGAGGAGUUUUACCGCCUGGUCACUCCGCGCUGCCUCUCCUCCGCACUGCUCCUGGGCAUCAGCGUCAUGUCGUGGUUCGAGCACGUGGGCCGAGUCAUUUGCGCCUUGCUGGCAAACUUCCAUUGGCUCUCUGACCCCCUCGCCGCUCUUCUUCUGCCCCGCAUUGGAGCAAAGUGA